CAGUGCCAGCCUGGUAACACACCUCAUAGUCCCCCAGUCACAGCAGCCAUCGGAGACGGACACAUCAUCCCCGGGGCUAUGAGCAGACUGACGGGCAGCAGCCGCAAAUCGAGUACCAGUAUGCCUGCAUCAAUGAUCCGAGCCAGAGCACUGCCAAUGGGGAAGUUGUCCUUAUUGAAAUACCAGACGUAGGAAGCCAAGAGGAUUUGGAGGACGAGACUUGCUACACAGAGCACAACUUGUCGCUGCUGCUGCAGGAGAAGGAAAGUCUGGAGAAGACUCUUGAGGAGGAGCAGACCACGUUGGCCCAGACAGCACAGGAUGAAAGGCACUAUAGAAAGGCUUCGUACAAAGGUUGAGUAUUUGUCCAACACAAACACGUCACUCAAGCAGCAGCUGUCCAUGAUUCACACGUCCAGUUUGAAACGUCUAACCAACGACAGCGAGAACCAGUCCAUUUUGCAAGAGUUACUGCAACACAUAUCUGAGCAGCACACCCAGCUGCUGCACCACCAUCUAGCACAGCUACGGCUGUACACUCAGGCCUGCGCAUUAUCCAAAUCAGCCCCCGAGGAAUCUGCAGCUGAAUCUACAGUCUUGGUACCAGACCUGGCUGACCAAUCACAGGACAUCUCACACAUGUCCAUGAUGUCGUCCUCGGAGGGCACCCUUGGGAACAUGGAGCAGACAGUCGUCAUGACGAUAACGUCUGAGGAGGAUUCGGAGCCGCUCGGCAACAUCGUGGAUAACCCCGGAGAUACUGUGGGACAUGACUCCUUGACUUUGGAUAAGGACGUUCACUUGUCACCAAAUGACAUUCUGUACCAACUGACAAGCGAGGGACUGUCACCAAGACAUGCCACCUCUGAGUCGGGUCACGUUUAUCAAUCAGGUAGAACUCAUUCACAUCACAACACAGGCUGUGAUGUCACGCAACAGGAUUUUCACAAGAACAAAAGUUGAAAAUUGGUUCUUUCCAACAGCAUGCCAAAUGAGGGACCACCAUUAAAAUGUGGGAGAACUAACAGCCUGAAAGCCACUUAACUAAAUAAAACCGGACAUAUUUUGUAAACAGUGUA